AAGUUAAAAAAGGAUACCAAAUGGGAGAAAAACAACUUAAAAUAAUCCGCUAUGUAGACGACGCAAUACUACUCUCUCAAAGUAAAGAUGAUUUACAACGUAUACGGCACCAAUUUCAUAUAACCUCCAGAAAAUUUAACAUGUUAAUUUUCCCAAAAAAGACACAAUGCAUGGUUACACCAGCAAAUUUACUAAGAUGUAAAUUGGAGCUGGAAGAUCCGAUGAUAGAACACGUGAUUGAGUUUAAAUAUUCUAGGCUUUACAUUAUCUAGCUUUGGAAAGCUCGAAACUAAAGUGAAAGAUCAAGUGAAUAGAGCACACAGAGCCGCAGGCUGCCUAAAUAAAACAAUAUGGAGAAAUAAAAAUAUCUGAAAAGAAACAAAAGCAUAAUUUAGAAAACGGUCAUCAGACCAAUUAUGAAAUACGCCGCAGAAACACAACCUGACACAGAGAUUGAUGGUAAGACACUAUUAGACAGAGCUAGAAGUACAGAUAUACGACGUAGGUG